UAAAUUUUCAAUAUGGUGGUCUUAAGUUUGCAUAUAUACAUAUGUAUAUUUCCUUUUUUUUAUAUAUAAGAAUUUUAUUCUCUAAAUUAAAUUAAUGAAUGAUUACAUUGAAAAUGAGUGUAACGUUACAUACUGACAUUGGAGAUAUAAAAAUUGAAUUAUUUUGUGAGCUGUGUCCAAAAACGUGUGAAAAUUUUCUUGCCUUAUGCGCUAGCAAUUAUUAUGAUAAUUGCUUAUUUCAUAGAAAUAUAAAAGGAUUUAUUGUGCAAACUGGAGAUCCUACACAUACUGGUAAAGGUGGAACAUCAAUAUGGAAUCGUCCAUUUGAAGAUGAAUUUAAAGAAGAAUUAAGACAUAAUGCAAGAGGAUUUGUUUCUAUGGCUAAUAAUGGUCCAAAUACAAAUGGAAGUCAAUUUUUUAUAACAUAUGGGCCUCAACCACACUUAGAUUUAAAAUAUACUUUAUUUGGAAAGAUAAUAGAUGGUUUAGAAACCCUUGAACAACUAGAAAAAUUGCCGGUAAAUCCAAAAAAUUAUAGACCUCUUACAGAAACCCGAAUAAAUAAUGUAACUAUUCAUGCUAAUCCUUUAGCAGGAUAAAUGUAAAUGUAUUAAUUAAAUUUUAUAAUUGUUGAUUA